UGGCCUGCGGGCGGCGCUGUGGCUCGUUGGGGGCCCCCACAGAGCCGCCAUAGCCGCCCGCCUUCCCCGACCCAACGUCUCCGCCGCCGGCUCCGCGCCGCCGCCAUGGCCGACGUGGAAGACGGCGAGGAGCCCUGCACCCUGUCCUCUCACUCCGGGAGUGCAGGCUCCAAGUCGGGAGGCGACAAAAUGUUCUCUCUCAAGAAAUGGAACGCAGUGGCUAUGUGGAGCUGGGACGUAGAGUGCGAUACGUGCGCCAUCUGCAGGGUCCAGAUGCCUGUCUUAGAUGUCAAGCUGAAAACAAACAAGAGGAUUGUGUUGUGGUCUGGGGAGAAUGUAAUCAUUCCUUCCACAACUGCUGUAUGUCCCUAUGGGUGAAACAGAACAAUCGCUGCCCUCUCUGCCAGCAAGACUGGGUGGUCCAGAGAAUCGGCAAAUGAGAGCAGCAGAAGGCUCUCUCAGCGCAGUUGUGGAUCUCGUUAUCAAGUGCCCUAUGAAGGCCAGGACACUCCAGGGACCUGAUUCUUCAAAGAGGAAAUGGAUCUUUGGUCUUUGGGAACCCAUCAAAGGCAUGGUUUAGCCAUUUUUCAGUUUUAUGUUAAGAAAUUCUCUACAAUUAAGAAGAUAAUUUAUUAAAGAUGGUCUUUCCUACCUCUGUGGUAUGUGUCACACACACUGCUUGGAAGUGCUAUAAAGGAGGAGAGAAUUACAAAUUGACCUUUCUAAUUUACUUAUUGAUAUCCAAGGAGCUGUGGAAGCAGCUCCAUUCAGAAGAGAACUUCUUACAUGCUUAUGGUUGAUCAGUUCAAAAAAAAAAAGAGACACUGUUAUAGUAACAAAUAAAGUGCAGUUUAAAACCCAACUCUUAUCCUUAUUUUGAUUCUAAUAUUUAUUUUCUGUGGGGAAUGGGAUGAUUCAUGAAAUAUUUAUUGGAUAUAUGAGAAUUGUAAGUUGGAACCAGUGAGCAGGGUAAAUAAAAGUUAACCUUUAGGCACAUGGUAUUUUAUUUCUUUUUUAGGUUAUUGUUCUCUAUCUUUUACUCGUGAAGAAAACCUAGAUGUGCACUCACCUCAUGUUUAGUUAUUGAGUGUUGAAGGACAAGUAUUUUCAAGUUCUGGUCCGAUUAUGUUGUAAUUUAACUAUUUUAGGUGGAAUGUUAAUGAGGGGGAAAUGUUUACCACUAUAGCAUUAGAUCAAAAAGUAUUUUAUUAUACAUUGUUUUAAUAAAUGGUUUAUUCUGUUUACUUCAUUUGAAUUGUCAUUAUUGUGGCUUUAUGCACAACCUUAAUCUUAAUAAACUGAUUUGUUAAGUGAA